UUACCAAAAGCUUUUUUCAGGAAGCUGACGCGCGCUCACGUGAUUGAGAAUCCCUACAGAAAUGCGAGCCGCACGGGCGGGAAGAAAAGGAAAUUGAGCUUCCCGGUUUGCUCCAUAUGAGCUGAUUUUAUUUUAGUUGCAUACAUACGGCUGGGAAACUACAGCCAGAGCAUACUAGAUAAUGUGGGGUCUUAUUCCGCGCUUGUCGCGUUUGUCGUCGCUUGCGUAUUGCUCGCGACGGGCGGUAGCACGGCAAGAGAUAGCUAGAAGAUGGUGUGCGACGCACAGCGAUGGAGACAAAGAUCAGGUAGCUGCCGAGACUGAAGCGACUUUUAAGGAUCACCGACGGAUUGGACUUCAACAAGAGCUAUAUAUGAUUAACGAGCAUACCCCCGGCUCGAUAUUCCUGCUGCCGCACGGGACCAGGAUAUACAACCGCCUGCUGCUGUUCAUCAGAGCGCAGAUGAAGCAGUUCCGCUUCGACGAGGUGGUAAGUCCGAUAAUCUACAAACGAGCACUGUGGAACACGAGCGGACACUGGGAUAAGUACAAGGAAGAGAUGUUUGAGGUUAAGGGACGGAGCGAGGCCGACUCGGAGCAGUACGGACUGAAGCCGAUGAAUUGCCCGGGCCAUUGUCUGAUUUAUCGACAUAUUGAUCGGUCGUAUCGCGACCUGCCUAUUCGCUAUGCCGAUUUCUCCCCAUUGCAUAGAAACGAAUCGACUACUACAAUUACCGGCCUCACCCGCGUCCGCCGUUUCCACCAAGACGACGGCCACAUAUUCUGCCGCGUCGACCAAAUCAGCGUCGAAAUUCAACAAGCCCUAAAACUUAUCGACGAAGUCUACAAAGUCUUUGACGUGCCCUCCUACAGACUCCUUCUCUCAACCCGCCCGGAACAAUACAUCGGUUCGCUGGAAGACUGGGACCGCGCCGAAUCAGCCCUUCGCGAAGCGCUCGAUUUCUCCGCGCACGACUGGAAACUGAACGAGGGCGACGGCGCGUUCUACGGCCCCAAAAUCGACAUUCUUCUCAAGGACCAGAACGGGAAAGAACACCAAGCAGCCACGAUCCAGCUAGACUUCCAACUACCGCAGCGGUUCGAUCUCAAGUACAGAGGCGAGGACGACUCGACCGAGCACAGGCCGGUUAUGAUCCAUCGCGCGGUGUUUGGCUCGCUUGAACGGUUUCUUGCGAUCCUGAUGGAGCAAACGCAGGGAAAUUGGCCGCUGUGGAUCAGUCCGCGACAGGUGCUCGUUUUGCCAAUCACAGACCAGCACGCCGCGUACGCUGAAAAGGCACAGUCGAUCCUCUCGGGUCUGCCGCUGGGGGCGCCGACGCGGCUGCUGGAUAGUAACGCGGAGACGUUUUUUGUCGAUGUUGAUGAUCGGUCGGAGACGCUGGGGAAGCGGAUGAGAGAGGGUAUUCAGAAGGGGUAUACGUAUCUGGCUGUCAUUGGCGACAAGGAAGUCGAGAGCGGAACGAUUAGCUUGAAGAAGGCCAAGGGGGGAAAGAAGAGUAAGCAGAUGACGUUCACUCUUGAGGAAGCACGGAAGUUCUUGGAAGACGAGGUGGCGCAGUAUCAUUGAUGACAAUCUCUUCACUUUACACUCGUAAUUGUAUAUACAUUU